GAAUUCUCAUUUUUUCUUUUGGAUAAACUGGUGAUUUUUUUUUAGCAUUGCACCUAUAAAUAUGUAAGAGGAAAGAAAAAAAAGAACAACCGCAAAAAAACGAAAAGCCAAAAGAAAAGAGGAGAAAUCUAACAAGAAAGAGAAAAUCUUUGGUAAAAUUUCACUUAUAGAAGCAAAACGUCGAACAUAUGGCGUGCAGAAUGGUGCUGCGAACUGUAUUCUCUACGGAGCCAUGGCUACUACCAAGCUCUUCGACCCGAUUUACUCCGGGUGGGGCGUGUAAGACACAACAUAUGAAAAUGGGUUCGGGUUUUCGGGCAACCCGGACCCAGUACUUUCACCGGCUUAGUUGCUCUUCUCAAGAUGAUCAAGGCCCACCUCAAGAAGCUGUUCUUAAAGCCAUUUCAGUUUCAAAGACAGAAGGAAGAGUUGGACAAACUACGAAUGUUGUCAUUGGAGGGACAGUAGCAGAUGAUUCUACCAAUGAAUGGCUUGAUUUGGAUCAAAAGGUGAACUCAUACCCUACAGUUAGAGGAUUUACAGCUAUUGGUACCGGUGGUGAUGACUUUGUACAUUCUAUGGUUGUAGCUGUCGAAUCCGUUCUUCAGCAACCCAUCCCAGAGGGUCAAGUAAAGCAGAAAUCAUCGUCAGGGGGAAAGUACGUAUCUGUUAAUAUCGGACCUGUGCAAGUCAGUUCUAGUGAACAGGUGCAAGCGGUCUACAACGCUAUGCGACAGGAUGAUCGAAUGAAAUAUUUCCUUUAGGAUAAAAUUUUUGUUCUCUUAUUAUAAUUAUUAGUUUUUAGCCUUUCUGAUUUCUGAUAUAGUAUUCGAUAUAUCCAUAAUUUGAUCAGAUCCCUGUAAAAAAUGUAUGUUGUACCAUGUAACAGUCUUUCACUGUAUAUUGCUGCUACCAAAUACAUGUCCAUCUUUCCACUUCUUGUA